GACAUGGCGGUGGUUCCUUAUUUAAUCAAAAAAAAAAAAAAUAAAGAACUUUGAUUGUGAUUUUGCCUAUUUCUGUCUUUGUCGUUUGACAGGUAAAAAUGUAAUUUUGGGCCCUUAAUUUAUUACUAGGCGCCGAGGAAGGUUCAUAUUACGUUAAAAGUUUCUACUAAGCAAUUAUUACGAAUGUUCGAGUCAAGGAGUCGCGAAUUUUACUUUAUAAAUCGUUUCGUCAUCGAUCAGUAUUCUAGUCUUUUCGUAUUCGUUUACUAAAAGUUUCAGUAAUUAGUGUGCUCGUGACAAAAAUAAGUUCUUUCAAAACCAAACAAUACGUAGUUUUUUCAUUGUAGAUUCUCUUUUUACAUCAUCGACUACCAAUGCAUUAUAAUGAGUCAACCUUCCAGAGCGCCUAACGGCAGGUCCGCUGCUCAUUACAGUCGACAUGUUCAACAAAAUCAACAUUCAGGGCGAAAUAAUCAUCAGUCACGGUGGCCAGUCACAGUUACCCAUGUACCAUUUUCAAAAGAUUAUCGACAGAUAUUCAAUACAGGUGAGAAAGAGACAAAUUUCGAUGGUUAUGGCAAAUCAACUUUAACUAACGGCGGUGUGGCCAAUUCUCCUAAUAUAUUCGUUGCUGAUAAUACGAACGAGCUGAGAGAUCUGCGACAACUUACACCACCUCUUCCAUUCGCUGUUCGAGGUGGACAAGGUCAAGAAAAUGCGUUAGGUAUUCGAGCAGCUCCAUUACAAAACCUCAAUAGUCAUCCUGGGAUAUUAACGGCCAGUACUUUAGAUAUGAAUCAAUGUUCGAAUUUAUCGCUGGAUUAUUCUUUGAGAAAUCCUGCAGCGUUAACGAUUAAUUUUGGGUCACACCCAGUAUCUGAACUUCGCAUGAGUCCUAUUCAUAUUCAAAAUGGUUCUUCAUUUUUCCAUAAUAGCCAACAAGAGGAUAGGCAAAAAAGUGAAAGUCCAUCGCGCAAAAGGAGAAGACUGUCACAUCAUUUAGUUGAAAGUCCACCACCACCUCCGUGUUGGGAAGCUCGACGAUCUCAAAGGCAACCUUUGUCAAAUCAUAAUCAUAGACGGAAUGGUCGUAAGCUACGAUACAAUUCGUAUAAUAAUCACAUAUGGGAGCGACCAGAUCCCUAUCCUAUCAGUCCGCCACCUCAUGCAACUGCAUUUCAUCCUCUACACCCUCCGCCAGCCGUAUCACCAUUGCAGCCAGCUCUAAUGGUGGAUGUUUCUCAAGUACCAAUGACAGUGCCAGUAUCCAUAUAUACAGGCCCACCUAUCGCUGUUUGUCAAGGUGGAGCUCAUUCUCCUCCGCAAGUUCAUAAUGUUUAUGCUAAUCCUCCUAUUCAUUGUUCGAUACCAUCGCAGUACGCUAGUUGUAUUCAUCAGCACCAUCAACAUCACGUUGGUCAUACGCCGACUUACCUUACACCACCUCCGCAGUCUUCCAUCCAUUAUUCACCUCCUCCACGACCUGACGCUCUCCUUCAUGUAUCUCCACCACCGCCUAUUUUCAUAUCUGACAAUCGUGCCGCUCAGCUUGACAUGAAUCCUAGAUCUCGUCAAGGUAUGGUUAAUAAUUUACUCAGACCAUCGGCAAGAAGAUGGCGGUAUCAUCCAUUCGCUGGCCCGCCCCAAUAUCCCAACUUUUUGCAAUUCUUUGUUGUGCAUGAUAGAGCGAUGAUUACGACGCCAUUAUCGCCCGAACUUGGCAGUUCCGAAUCGGAAAUGGAGAAUUAUGAGGCUUUAUUACACGUUGCUGAACGGUUAAGCGAAGAAAAACCCAGAGGGUUGAAUAAAGUUGAAAUUAAUCAAAUUCCAUCCUUCAAGUUCGAUACGGAAAAACAUCAUAGUGAUCAAACCACUUGCGUUGUUUGUAUGUGCGACUUCGAAGAGCAACAAACUCUCAGAGAUUUACCUUGUUCUCAUAUGUUCCAUGCCAAAUGCGUCGAUAAGUGGCUUAAGACUAAUCGAACGUGUCCAAUAUGUCGUGGAGAUGCUUCUGGUGAUCCUUCUCUUUCUGAAUGAUGUGUUCGUAGCUCAACUAUUUUCAUUUUUAAGUUUUUUUUUCUCUUUUUUUUGAAUUAUUAUAAAACGUUUGUAUUAAUACGCCUGUAUUUUAAAUAAGUGUUUUUUUUUGUGUACGUUUAAUACCAUCAUUAUUUUGAUUUUUUUUUCUUUUGUUGAUUUUCCUGAUUAAGCUUUAUGUUUCCUUUUUUUAAAAAUCUAAUGCUGUUUCAAAAGCAUCGUUUUGACUGCUACUUUAUGUUUCAUUUUUAUUUUUAUUAGGUUAUUAUUAUGUUUUCGGUUAUAAAUUUUGUUUUUUUAAUUUUUUUUUUCUGUUAUUUUUCGAUUGUUUUCCCCCUAUAUUAUUUUUCCUGCUAAUUUAUUUUUUUUUUACCCUUAGAACACUAAUGUAUUUAGUAAGGUGUGAAAGUAUUGUUUUUUGAUGGAUUGAAAACUCGAGGAGAAAAUUUAAACGAUAAAAAUUUUACGUAAAUUAUAAAUUUUUCGUAGAAUAUAUAACAUCUUAAAGAUAAAAAACCAAUAUUUAAAGAGCAAAAGCCAAAAUUAUUACAAACCUAUAACGGAUAAAAGGAUAAAUUGGAUUUAUUUGUUAUACAAUAAUUCGAAAUUACAUAUAUUUUUCGCGUAUGAUUUAAGUGAAAUUUAUUUUAAAAAAUUACACUCUGCUAAAGCGACUUCUCGUUACAUUACGAAUUACGCUUCAUUCAUAUGUAUUUAUUACGCUUUUAUUUUCCUUUGUUUGUAAUUUAGUUGAAAUGUGUGUUUAUAACGAUACGUGCAAUUCGAUUUGUUUUCUUUUUUUAUUUUAAAUUAUUUUUCACGUAACAUAUACGUGUUUUCUUUUCUUUUUUUUUUUUUUGUUAAUAAUGUAUCGUUGAAUAGAAUUGCACAUUUGACAUAUUUCAUCGCUGGAAAAAAGAAUCAUCUGUACGUCGUUUUUAAAUGUUUUUGUUGAAUUAUUUUUUGUUAUUGUUUUGGAAUUGUGCAAUAAGUUGGUUCUUUUUACUGGAUUUUCACGUAGAAUUAUUACGAUAUCGGUAAUAACCUACUUGUUCUCGUUAUUAUCGCCUAUGCAAAAGGUUGUCUAUUGACUUUUUUCUCUCUUGUUUGAAAAAGAUAAAAACAAAUAUACGUGUAAGAUUUUUAACGCGGUUAGUGACAAGAUUAUGAUAAUUUUAACGCGCAAAAAAAUAUUGUAACACCAUUUUAAUUCAAUGUUCCCGAUAAUUUUCUUCUUUUUUACUGCUUUAUAGUUCUCAGGAAAUUUCUUGUACAUUAUGUCGAUAUUAGGAUAUAAUGUAUUAAUGUUACAGUACUUUAACAAGUAAUUAUUAGAAUUAAGUUAAUUUUAAUUUUACGAACAUUUUAUUAAGAAAUAAUUUUUAGCAUUAAAUUUUUAUUCAAGUA